UUCACUUCAUAUCUAAUCCAAAAAUAUACGGAGUAAUAUACUAGUAAUAUUUGCUUAGCUGUUGUUUAGCUGCUAUAUAUCUGAAAAAUGUAAUGGGGGAACUAGUUUCGGACUAGGAUAUGAUAGUUCAUGAUUAUGGUUUACGAUGCUGUUAGCCUGUUAUAUAAAAAUGUCACUUGAAUUUUAUUCUUCACUGUAUAGUAAACUUCCUGAGUCUUAAGUCUAUCAUACUCUGCAGCAUUCCGCAUGCUUUGUUCAUCAUUUUGGAGGGAUCUUUGCAUAUAUGCCUUGAAACUUUCCUGGAUAGUACAUCAUUCUUGUUUAUCUCAACUGUCAACUGAUCUAGUAUUUUGGGCAACAAAAAUACAACCGUUUGUCGCGUAGUUUCAGAAGUGAUGUAGCUGAGGUCAUAUUCUACCACUCUGUCACUGUUUUAUAAUGACCUAUUUGCUAGAGGUGGAAGAAAGGAGAAUAUGGAGGAAAUUGAAAAUUAUCCUCAGUUGGGAUUGUUGGAAAUAGUCGAUCCAUGACUUGUAUUCUUGUACAGUUGUACUGUGUAUUGGAGCAGAAUAUAUACAGGAGUCAUCCAAGUCACGAUUGGCUGGGUAAAAUUGUUUCAGGUUCUAUCAGAGUAAUACUUAGAAAGUAGAAGAACCAUUCAAUCUUUGGAUGAUCUUCCGGACAUACAGACUGUGCAAGAUCUCUUAUGGACGGACACGGUGACCGAGUAUGGAUGUGAGUAAGUGCAUAGCAAUCAGGUAUUACCUGUGAUGGCCCCUGCAGUACUCAAGUAAGUGAUCAUAGUUUGAUAAAAAAAAAGAUUCCAAUUCUAAUGUGGCCUAGAAUCUUAUUUUCCAAAGUAAUCCACUUCAAUACAGGUUGCCAACUUUUGCUUUUAAAAUCAAGAUUUCUAUAUUAGUUUAUGUAUUUUGAAAAUAAUUGCUAUUACUUAUGCUAAACCUUUUAGGAUUUUCCCAGCAAAAGAUGGUACUCCCUCUGUUUUUUUUUAUGUACCCAUUUCCUAAGAAAAUGGUGUUUUAUUUUUAAUUUUAUGUACGCAUACUUUAUACUAUUUUUGGCAAACAUAUUUUACCAUCUUACCCCAUUUUCCCACAAUUUAUUACACAUUUCAGUCAUCACUCUUCUACUUUACCAACCUUUUUAUUUUACUGCUUCUCACUUAGUUUUCCACAUUUUUCUUACACCCACUCAACUCUUCUCGAAACAAGUCUCCAGUAAUUGGGUAUAACAAAAAAUUAAGAACUGAAGGAGUACAAAAACUGAAUUUUUUUAGAAGUUACAACUAAUAGAAAAUCAAAAUAUUAAGUGAACCUUUAAUUAUUAUUUUUCUUUGGUAUAUAAGGAGCCAUAAAAGUACUCCCUCCGUCCCAAAAUUAUAGUCCUGUUUUCUAAAUCGGGUGUCCCCAAAAUUAUAGUCCUGUUUCCAAUUUUGGCUAUUAAGGUCCCCACUUCCUCAUGUACUAUAUUAAUUAAAAAUGCAUUGAAAACCCCACCCAUGUACUAUAUUUCAUUUUCAUAUGUACUAUAUUCUUUUUUUCAUGUAUUUAUUCCACUUUUCCAUCCAACUCAAUUAUCAUUUGUACUUCAUUAUACUUUUUCAUGUAAUUCCAUUUUUCUUAAAACCCGUGUUUUUGGUCAAACGAGACUAUAAUUUUGGGACGGAAGGAGUAGUAACCUAGACGGAAACGAUCUUGGGUAGGACGCAAAGUACUUCGUAUUAAACAAUCUGCUGAAAUAAUCCAAACUGUUUGACAGCCGAUGGAGAAAUGGCAGGGGCGGUACUUGUUGAUUAUUUUAUUUCUCUUUCUUUUUUGCUAUUAUUCUCUGGGAAGCACAAUCAUAUGUGAACGUGAACAUGGAACUUAAAUGGAGGAGAAGUAAAUUACGGAGUACUACAUAUUUAUUUUAAAUUUGAGCCUUCAAUCAACACAAUACCCAAUCCCCAGAUUUUCUUGCUUUGUGAUACCAUGAAUUCGCUAGUUGAGAUUGUUCUUUGACAUAAUCUCCAUUUUAACUAGCCACAUUGUCCAUCAAUAAAUUGCUGAAGAUGGUAAUCAAAAUGCAUUCUGUGUGAAGUAGCACGUUCAUCUUUUCGUUUGAGAUGGCAUUCUCAAGGAGUGGAAUACAAAGGAACAAAAUGUUUCUAAAUGCAAAACAUGUAGUUGUACUUUCCAAGAAACGGAGAUAGGGGCUUACCUAAAUACCUAGUCUCCUCCUGUGUAUUGGUGUUGUCUUAAGUCUUAACCGGAUGACCAGUAACAAGUUUAAGGGAAUCGUAUCACCAAUAUCUUUUGGACCUAGAAAAGAAAACCGCCAUCGGAAGGAUGUUGCCAAAAGAAGGAGAUUUCGUCGUGCAAGGAGUGCCCCUGCUGUUAGGGAGCAUACAGGAGAAGUUAAUGGUGAUGCUUCUUCUACAAAAGGUACUGAUUCCCUAAUGAACAAUAUUCAUCCAAACCUCAGAAUAGUAGCCACAAUCUUGAUUAUAUAUCUUAGUGCUGGUGUUGUUUGUUUUUACCUGAUCAGAAAUCACAUCAGUGGUAAAAAGACAAAUCCUAUACUUGAUGCUCUUUACUUUUGUGUGAUCACAAUGACUACAGCUGGUUAUGGGGACCUAGCCCCAAAUACUGACCUUGCAAAGCUCUUUGCUAGUGCUUAUGUCUUCCUAGGGUUGGCUUUAGUUGGAUUGAUCCUUGGAAAAGCGGCCAAUUACCUUGUUGAGAAACAGGAGGUGCUGCUUGUUAGAGCAAUGCAUAUGAGUCAUGAUUUUGGUCAUAGGGACAUUAUGAAGAAAAUUGAGACAAACAAAGCGCAGCAUAAAUGUGUCACAGUUUUUGUAUUUCUCUUGUUACUCAUAAUGAGUGGAACCAUCUUUCUGAGGUUUGUUGAGAAAAUGCGUUUUUUUGAGGCAUUUUACUGUGUGUGUGCUACCAUCACCACGCUGGGUUAUGGGUACCCGAGUUUUGGUACAUUGGGAGGUCGUGUUUUUGCUGUCUUGUGGAUUUUGAUCGGAACUAUAUGCGUAGCGCAGUUUUUCCUUCAUCUUGCCGAGUUUAACUCUGAAAAGAGACAGAAGCAUCUGGUUGAGCGUGUUCUUACUCGACGCAUGACUAAUUUUGAUAUAGAAGCAGCUGAUCUCGAUGAUGAUGGAGUUAUUGAUGCUGCUGAGUUCGCGUUAUAUAAGCUGAAAGAGAUGGGGAAAAUCACUCAGGAAGACAUUUCACUUGUAAUGGUAGAAUUCGAAGAACUUGAUGUUGAUCAGUCAGGGACAUUAUCUGCAACUGAUAUAUCAUUAUCUCAAUCAACUCCACAAGCAACAAAAUCGGCUUCUGAAUAAUUUUGAAGAUAUACUGCAAAUUCGAUGCUUGUUUAAGAAACACUCAUGUGUUCUUUAUUCAUGCGCUCUGCUAUUUGCACCAUACUUCUUAUCAACUCUGCUUCUAGUGCUCUCAAAAAUACAAUAUCCGUACAUUUACAAAAUUGAUCUCAGUUCAAUUCAGCUUAUGUUUGAAGAAUAAGCCAAACAGAUUGAUUUUGAUUUACGUCAUGUCGUAUUCAAUUAAGGUCGCAUUUAAUCGAGUUGUUCUUGGUAUAA